ACCAUGUCCCAGCACACCACUACUUGAUGGAGAGAGAUAUUUGGAUAUAUCUAGAUAAUUAUUUAUUAUGGUGAUUAUCUUAAUUAGUUAUAAUUAUCUUAAGGAUUUUUAAUAGUUUUAAAGUUAUUUGGUUUUCAUAUAAAUAGGCGUCUAUGCCUAGAGUUGUAUUCAGAUUAUUGAUAUUGAUAUUUUAUAAAAGAGAGGUUUGAAACCCUUUAUUUCCUUGUUACGGCUAGAACUCGAGAGUUCUCAACGAAUCAAGAAGACUUUGAUCCUAGGUAUUCUCAGACUAAAUAUGAUUCAUUGUGUUAUCGUAGCUUCCGCUACUUCUGCCGUUUUGAACCGGGCAAUUUCUUUGUCGGUGAAGCGAACCAUGGUUUCCAGGAGACUAUUGCUUUCGCCGCAAAAGAAAAAUCCAAGACGAAUUAACUUAUUUUAGGGUUCCUCUCUGUGGCUGCGUAUAUCACCGAGCGAGAGACGCGAGCUUUUAUAGCUCUGCCCUCACGUCACGUGUUCAGGGCCUCAUUUUUUGACGAUAUCAUAUAGUUUAGAAAUGUUUUAUUAUUAAAUAGUCUUAAUAAGAAUAAUAUUUCUAACUAAAUAAGAAAUGAAAACAGUGCAUAUAUUAUUUUGACAAGAAUAACUAUAUAUAUACUAUACUAUAUAUGUAUAAUAAUAGUAGUUAAACUAGUUAGCAUUUUUAGAAAUGUGACAUUAGCAAAAAAAAAAGAAAAAAAACUUUGAAACGUCUAGUUAACUUUUUCAAUCCCUAUUGGCUAUUGCAUUCGUCAUCACGGAUCUAUUCCGUUAUAAAGCUGUUAUGCGUGAUGCUUGAAAUUUGUGUUUCUAUCUUGUAUAUUACGUAGCACAUCUUUUAUUUCUUAUAUAUAUAUAUAUAUAAUAUAUGUCUCAUACAGCUUUAUUAUGGUUGAGAUUUAUAAUUAGUUUACAUGCAUGGUUACACAUUAUUUAUUGUUGUUACUAUUCAACUUUUGUGCUCCUUCCAUACAAUUUUUUUUCCGUUAUUUUUCAUUGAUUAACCAAGUAAAAUAAAAUAAAAGUUAGAACCAUCAUACUCUAUUCAUACCGCAAUACACAACCUGUUAAAUAAACUUAAAUUUACAAAAAUAAAUAUCCAGAUAUACUACUUAAUUUGAUGAGAAUUUCUUAAGUGCCAUAAAAAUGAUAAGUGAUUUAGGAGUUCUUAUUAAACAUUUAUGAAUUAUCUAUUCUAUUAAAACUGAAGUACAAAACAACACUUACCUAUUUUAAGUGAUUUAUAACAUCUUCUUCCUUUCAUUUUAACUAAUUUAAACAACUUUAUUUAUUAUCUUUUUCAAAUAAUUCAAUUUCAUUUAUUACAUAGUAUAAAAUAUAACUUACUUAUUUUUAAUUUUUUAUUACAUCUUUUACAUUUCUUUUUUUUUAUUCUUCCUAUUUACUUUAUUAAUUAUAUUUUCCAUAAUAAUUUGAUUGCAUUUAUUUUGUGUUAACCAAAAUAAUUUCACAAGUUUGAAUGAAAUUGAUUUGUUCAUGACAAGAAUUCAACCGAUUAAUAAUUUUCUUACAUAAUUAGUUAGACAUGAGAAUCUAGGUACCAAUUUGGGUAAGGAUCAUUUUUUGAGUAUCGAAUGUUUUGGUUUAAAAUUAAUCUUUGUUCGGAUAUUAUAAAUUUCAGACGGGGAUCGGACUCGGAUCCUUACGGAUCCGGUUUGUAGGAAUUUAAAAAUAUCCAAAUAACUUAUAUGUUUAGAAAUGUCAUUAAACAAUUUAUAUAAAUGUGAAAAUUAAUAUCAGCAUGGACGUGCGGGUCAAACUGUAGUUUCUAAAUCUUAAAAGAGUUGUCUUUUUGGAACUACUAGUAUUUUGUGUUGUUUUAAGUUAAUUUAAAAACUCUGAUGAUAAGUUUAGUUUUUUUUUACUUGGUAAAACUUUAUAGGGUGAAUAGAUACUUCAGCUGAAUAUCUCAUAAAUGUGACCACUAUAGUCACCAAAUCGAGCAUUAAUACUGCCAAACUCUCUCUGGCUAUGAUGGUUUAACCAUAUAACCAUAUGAAUAUCUAAUCUGUGAUAUAAACUCAGAUGAAAAUAAUCUCUAUUCUUAAUUUUAUGACUUACUUCAAAUUACCAAACAAAAGGCGAAAAGAAGUGUGGAAAGUUCACUGGGUGUGUGUGUGUCCGGAACAUAUAACUAGAAAUGAAAGAAAAUGAGUCUCGCACGACAUCUUCCUUAACCCAUCGAUUUUAACAUUUUUCUUUUCAUUUUAAAAAAUCUUAUAAGUUUCUUUAAUUUGUUUUUGCUUUCACUUUGUCCCUCGACCGUUUCAUAUUCUUUUUUUUUGAAAAAAAAUUAAAUUUAUUCACUUCAAAAAAAAAUCUUUGUACAACCUAAUGCUUCUUUGUACAAAAAGAGAAAAACCUAUUCAAAAUUUUAUGAUAAAAAUCAUCUACUUUCAAACCAUAUCCCCAUGGUCUUCUCAUGUUUAUUUCCAACUAUCUUUCUCAAAGAUGAGAUCCUAUUUGGAAUAAAUUUAUCCAAAAAAAUGAUGAGACGAGCUGAUGUUUGAGGAGCUUCUCCCACACGACGAGUGUUUCUCUCACGCCAGAUCGCAUAGGCUGUAGCUUGGAAGCAGUAGCGAAAGAGGAAGGUGAAGCUGAUCCCAGUGAGUCGAGAUACCGAAGCCUGCUAGAUUCCUUAUUGUUCCUCGCCCCACUUCACCCGCAAAGGAACACUACAAAAAUAAGUGGUUUCUUGUCUCAGUACCCGAGUUGCACAACCAGCAAGUGGAUACUGCUCGAGGAUUCCACCUGAGAAUCCUAUCUCCUGUCGAUAAUCUGUUAUGAGCCGCUAACCAAGUGAGAAAAGAGAAUUUAGGAAUAGCUUCUUUGAACCAGAUUCCCUCUACCCAAGAGACGUUGGGCCCCUGCAUCCUGGUUAAUUUCCAGGUUUGAGAUGAGCUGAAACCCUCCCUGAAAUCAUCAAUCUCCUGCUUCCAAAGAACAGAGUCCUUCUGUUGGUUUGGCCAGAGAGCUUGAAGCCUCAGAAUCUCCUGCUUGAUUAAUAACAGUACAUAGGUUCUAAGUCUGCGCCUCCGAUAGGUUUGCAGCACUCUCUCCACCGUUGCAUUUAUAGGAAUCCCUAACGCAAUGGAACCCCUUUCACCAGUUAAAUUGAUCAUCACCCCUAGCUGAGACCAAUUGUCAUACCAAAAGGAGGUAGUUGAGCCAUCAUUUACUUAUACUCAAUGGAACUGCUGAGAAAGAGGCCUGAGCUUUAACAACUUCUUCCACAUCCAGGAGCCCAAAGAGCUUGAAGCUUUUACACUCCAAAAAAAACUCUUUAUGGUAAUAUGUUUUUUAAUUCGUUGAACCCAUAAAGAUGAUCUACACGAGACAAUGCGCCAGAUCAACUUCAGACAAGAGACCCUGUUAACCUCCUCAAGAGGUCUCAAACCUAGACCGCCUUCUUCUUUUGGAGAACAAACAUCAGACCAUGCAAUUUUUGCUUUCUGCGAAGACAUCAUCGGGCCAGACCACAGGAAGGCCGAGCAGAGACUGUUGAUUUCCUGAAUACACUUCUUUAGAAAACGAAAAUCAGACAUCCAGAAAAGCAGACCGUCUCAUAUUCUCAUUCUCAUUUUCUAUUGAUUUUGUUUUCCUUUUUAUUUAAUUCAUGGUACAUAGUAUUUACCUAAACCCUUUUGUAGCUAGUUCCCAAACCUAAAGAAGACUUGUAUUUACCGGAACCUCACCAUGAUUAAAAAGUUCACCAUAAUUAAAAAGUUGUAUUUUUCUACUUUGGGUUGGAUAUAACUUAAAAUCUUACAUUCAAAGUUAAUUACGGGUUUUACAUGGAUAUGUAUUCCCACGUGUCAAAAUUAGAUCUUACAAAACAUUUGUUUAUUCUUUUCCUUGUUUUUCUUAUAAACCCUAUCGGCUAUUCAGUCGGUCCCGAAAAAAUGCACUUAUUGCUAUAUAAUGGUUUAUCCCAAACGCUUAUCAUACUGCCUAACCCAAAUUUCAUUUCCUUGUUUUGAACUUUAUGUUUGUUCUUCUUUCAUCCUGGUAUUUUUUCUUAAUGUAAUAAAUCAUAUGCACUUGGUUAGAAAAAUUGAUAUCCGCUUUUUAUUAUUUUUACUUUAGUUAUAUAUUUACAAAUGACAUGAAUCAUUUCCAUUAAUAAAUUUUGCAAAUUUAUUGCAAAAAGGAAAAACACUCGUACCUAAAUAAGCCUUCGGUCUCGAAUAAUAUAUUACUGUUACAAAGUCAAGAACUUGCGUAUACAAGUUAAUGUGGAGCCCAUCAUCAUAAAUUCUUACAGUAUUAUUUGUCUGAUUUUUCUUCUAUAUAAAGCAUGUAAUGCAUUGUGAUCAGAUUGCCCCUUUCGAACGUAAUAACAUCAAUCUCUCUUAUUUGAAAUCCAAUGGCAAACAUGGAGAAGCUCCAAUUCCCCGCUCUAGACAUCACCGGCACCAACUACAUUUCAUGGGUUACAAAUGUCGAACUUCAUCUUGAAUCUCUUGGUCUAUCCGAGACCGUUAAAGAGAUUAAUACUUCAACGCCUCAAGAAAAGGCUAAAUCGGUGAUCUUCCUUAGAAGACACCUUGAUGAAAGUAUUAUUUAUGACUAUGCCAACAUGAGAGAUCCUAAAGAGCUAUGGAAGUCUCUGAAAGAUCGUUUUGAUCAUCAGAAAGACAUAACACUUCCACUUGCUCGGGAUGAAUGGCAGAGUAUGAGAUUUCAAGAUUUCGACAAAGUGAUGAAUUACAACUCGGCUGUGUUAGGAAUUGUGGCCAAAUUGAGAUAUUGUGGUGAAACAAUCACCGAAUCUCAAAUGCUUGAGAAGACAUACACCACAUUCCAUAAGAGCCACAUCACCCUACAACAACAGUACAGGUUGCGGGGAUAUACCAAAUUUUCAGAAUUAAUUGUGGCGCUUCUCAUAGCAGAAAAGAACAACGAGCUUCUGAUCAAGAAUCACAUGACUCGUCCAACUGGUUCAAAACCGUUUCCUGAAGCAAACGCGUUAGAUGCGAAGAAACCAGUCAAGGAAAAUAAAGCCUAUUGGGGUCGCGGUCGUGGUCGUCAAAACUACCGUGGACGUGGACGAAAGUACAAUCCACAAGAUAGAAGUCAUUCCAGUGGGUCCGCUCUGAGCAAACCCCUAAGGGAAAAGAACACCAAGGAAAUACCUCCCAGAAGCGAGAAGAAGCUUGUUUCAGAUGCGGUACUAAGGGACAUUGGUCUCGUUUAUGUCGUACCCCUGCACACCUUUGCGCUCUAUACAAAGAGUCCGUCAAAGGAAAAGAAAAGGAAGUAAACUUUGCGGAACAUUCUGAGGGUACAACGCACCUCGAUGCGUCUGACUUUGUGAAUGAUUUCGAGGAGACCGCUAUCACGGAAGCCUAAGUGCCCAUCAUGUGACUCUUGAAAUUCCACAAUUAUACCAUAAAUAAUUGUUGUUUGUGGAAGAUUAAUGUAUAAUUAUUGUGUGCUUUUCACCUUCUUAUGUAUAAUUAUUAUGUGUUUAAUGUUUGCUAAUGAUGUAUAAUAUUUUAUGAAUAAUAUUAUCUUAUGUUAAUU